AUGCCGAAACGCCGCCGCUUCCCCGUCGUUUGCACAGUUUGCAAAGCUCGAAAGGUUCGUUGUGACCUCCAACUUCCCUGCUCCUCGUGUGUGCGGCACAAGACCGAACUGCUUUGCAAAUACGAGGGUUCUGAUAAACCUACGGGCUCAUCAUCGCCUUCCUCUGCUGCUCCAUCUGCUUCUUCUGGCACUGUUACUACUACUGAUAAGGUCUACUUGGUUCCAUCUACGUCUGCCAACAUUUUGGCCCGCUUUGCUGUUCUGAGUGAUGUUGUUGCGGUCAAUCCAGUUCCCUCUGCUGAAGAUCGCCUCGAUUUCUACGCAGGCUACUCUCCCAUGAGUUCUGAUCCCAUAUUGGGCGAUGAAACCAACCAUGGACCGUUUACGUGGCACUCAAUUGUGCGUGUGGAUCCAGGUCUUUCGGGCUUGUGGGGCUUUGUUGUGCAUAAUCGGCCGGCUUCUGCUGCGGCCCUGGGAAUCCUGACAGUAUUCACUAAGGCAGUGCCCGCGUCAACUGAGGAUAAACAGCUAUUAGUGCUUGACCGUAUUCGGCAGCACCUGGAGAGCAAGUUUGCAAGAGGAAGUGGGUCACGGCCCAACGUCCCACUAGGGCUCACUUUUAACGACCCAAACGCACGUAAUGUGGAUAUGACUCAUGAGGAUCGGCUCCACGGCAUUCUCCCGCCAGCAGAUGUGGUGUCGUGGCAUGUUGACCGGUUUUUUACUGUUUUGUAUCCAUUCUUUCCAUUUUUGGAUGAGCUACUGUUCCGCGGACAUUUGGAGCGGUUGCUUGGGCCAGCACAGUCAGCUGAGGGACGAGAGCGCCGCAUCAAUAGCCGUGGCGUAAUUGACGCUGCACACCUUGGACUCCUAUGCAUUGUUCUCCGUAUCAGCUUCUUAGCACUUAUCUCCAAUGAACCGGCAGCUGAGGAUGCUGGAGCGCUCAUGCGGUGGCCGAUUGGUAUCGAGUUCGUCGACUAUGCCCGGUCAUGCUUAACUCGACUGCAAGCAGCAAACUGUUCCAAUCUACAUGUACUUCGGCUCAUGCUCUUCAUGCGACUCUACAUGGAAGUGGCUGCCGAGGAUAUUGAGGGUCCAGCACGCGAUAUGUUUCGGGUGAACAAUGCAGUUUUAGUGUACACGGCUUACUCAAUUGGACUCAACCGUGAACCGGAUAUUGUGAAUACUAGUGCUAGCAGUCCUCGAUUGACACAUGUCCGGCGGAAGCUCUGGGCCUUCAUUCAGUUCAAAGACCUCAUAAAUGCUAUCAAGUUUGGGCUGCCGUUUGCAUCACCUGCAAGCUUUUCGGAUACAAAGUUUCCUAUUCUUACUCCGGACAACCACAACUGUGCUACACCAGGCAAUGACGAGCUCGUAGCUCGCAUAUUUGAUCACAUUCAAGGACUCGUGCCGUUGAUGCGUAAUGCAGUUGAGUGUGUAUUGAGAGUUGGACACGCACCAACUGUAGCCGAAGUUACCCUGGUACUAAAUCCUUUGGAGGAGUAUUUACAUUCACAUUUCGGGUCUAUUGCCCGAGUGCUGGAAGUUUAUCUCGAGGACACAACAGAAUCGCGUGAAUUGGUCCUGGUGCUUCCUCUCUACAUCCCAGUUCAAAUAUUUCUCAUUUCAGUGUACUCCCGCUUGUUUUUGAAGUAUGAGGUGACUGCACCAUCGGUUGCAUUUUUUUACUGCAAGAAACUGCUUUCAAUGAUAGCCCCCGAUUCGCUACCUUAUCUCCGGGAUUUAUUGAGACGGCCCCAUCCAUUCUUUCAGUAUGGAGCGCAGCUCGUCAUGAAUCCACAGCUUGAGUAUUUCAUGCAUCGUCUGAUUGGCUUUUUAGCCUCGUGGAUGAUUCGCUUGGGUCUUCAUGUGAUCCGAGAUAAUCAAUCUCCUAGUCCAGUGCUUUCUGUUGCGCAAUCUAUGCGUUUCCGUUUCCUAAUGCGCUCACUCUCGAGGUGUGCCAAAGCAUGUCUUUUGGGUGUCCAUGAGCUCAGCCACCGCUACUGCUACGCAUGGCGCAUUGCUACCACCUUCACGUAUGUGGUUCGUAUCUUGCUGACAGAGGAUUAUUAUGUGAAGAGUCUAGGGAAAGCGUCGCCCACUGUUCCACCUGUACAUUUUACAGAUGAACAGGUGAUGGAUUUGAUCACAUUACUCGAUCCUAUCGCUCUGUCUGUUGACCUUUCCCUUUUUUCGGGAUACUGGAAUCUAGUGCUGGACGUGAUUAAAUUAGGAAAAGCAUCAGCAGGCGGUGUGAAGAUCUUCAAUCCGAUGGACUGCAAGUCCAUGUUCGACGGGUUGCCACAAACACUAUCAGAUCUAACCGCAGGGAGCUUUUCUCGUGCGGCAGAGGAACAAUUCGAUUCGUCAUUGUUUCCAGACUUUGAUGCUCGUGCACAUAUGCAUUCGGCCAUGGGCUCUUUUUUCGAGGGUCCCGAGUUUUACUUUGAGGCAUUCAACUCUAUCACAUCGAACCAACCAGUAUUGGAUAAUUUAAUGGAUCCGCUUUGA